UCUCAUGAAUGAAUUAUUUUACAGUGCGACCGAUAACUUUUCUGUUCACAAAGGAAUUUCACUUUCAUUAAACAACUGUAACCAGCAAUAUUGUUUGCUUUUUUUAUUUACUGUCUGGCAAGUGUAACCGGAAUAAGAGAAGAGUAUUUUUAAUCCAAUAAUGGCUGGUGAUUUGCCUUCAAAUGAUGAAGUUAAAGAGAGUUUACCAGUUGGUCCUAUUCCUGGUGUGAAAUAUCCUAUUGAAGUUACAUAUUGUGGAGAAUGCUCUAUGCCUCUAGAAUAUUGUGAAUUUUACCCUAAUUAUGAAAAAUGCAAAGAAUGGCUACAGAAAAAUUUACCAGAUCUGUUUGAACAAAAGAUGAAGUUGGAUUCAGAACCAUCUCAAGGUGAUGAAGAAAAGAAGCGUCAGAAACGAGGUGGUAAAGGAAUGUUAAAAGCAAAGAAAAAAGCUGAAAAAGAGAAAAAAAUUUGCAUAUCUAGAGCUCCUAGAGGAAAGAAAAAAUUUGUUACUGUUAUUACAGGGCUUAAAACUUUUGAUAUAGAUUUAAAAGAUGCAGCAAAAUUUUUCUCCCAUAAGUUUUCUUGUGGUUCAUCUGUGACAGGUGAUGAUGAAAUAGUUAUUCAAGGGGACGUUAAAGAUGACUUAUUUGACAUAAUCACAGAACAAUGGCCUGAAAUCGAUGAAGAUGUCAUUGAUGUACUGGGAGAUCAGUCUCGGUGAUCAAAAUUAUAAUUAGAAUUCUACAAAAAGUAUACUUUUAUGUACAAUUUUGUAAAAUAAAGCUUAUUAAAAAAUCUUAAGCACA